UGCUGGCAACGUAGAUAGUUGUUGAAAUAAUGUUGUUGUUGCAUCUAUAUUCCAUUUAAAAUUCGUUCCAAAGUUCAGCUCUGGUUAAUUUAAACCCAGAUAAUUCUUUGAAAAAAUAAUUAACAAUGUUCCAGAUAUUUCAAUGGUGUGUCUAGUGGUGUGAAAGUAAAGCUGAUGCGAUACCGGAAACAAUUAGGUAUGUGUGAGUUCGCUUAGUCAGAAAUCCGUUGACGGAUUUGAAAUCCGUUGACGUUGAAAUCCGCCUUCCUCUUGAUGGACGAAGCAUACCUGGUGAUGGAGGAAUUCCCUCUGGUGAUGGACUACACCUUCUUCGUGAUGGACGAAGCUCUCCUGAUGACGGACGAAGCCCUCCUGGUGAUCGCAAACGUCUUCCUAUUGAUGGAAUAAGCCCUUCUGAUGAUGGACAAAGUCCUCCUGAUGAUGAAUAAAGCCCUCCUGGUGAUGGGCACCACCUUUUUAAUCGCCAAAGCGGUAUUGAUGAUGGACAGGACCUACAAGAUGAUAGUCGAUACAUCCACGAGUCGAGAAGCCACCUUAAUGAAAAAUCUAGCUCUCCCAACAUGAAAAAAAAUUAGUUCUAUUGAAAUUAAGAGCAUUCUCAAAGAAUUAAUGAAGUCAAAUGUUCUUGCGGAAGAAAAUAACCUGCUUUUGAAAGAUCUGCGAAAACGAAAUCAGAUUUCAAAUUCAAAGCCUGCUUCACCCUCGCUUAUCCCAGCGCCAGCGGCUGCUAGCACUAUUGAGGAGCUUGACGAGCUACUCUCAUCCACGAACAUAACUCGGUACCUGGCUCAGUGUGAGGAACCUUCAGUUGGCUCUACAUUGAGACGAAUGCUCAAGAGUCUUCUGACGCGCGAACUUGCCAUGCAAAUGUCCUGUACUGGGUUGAACAGCAAGCGGCAAAAGACCAAGAUAGCAUUCAAGACUCAUGGCGCUUACACAAUGAUCUUGCGUGCGCUGAGCUUGACAUCACCGUCACACUGGUCAAUUCGUGGUAGACCACACGACCAUGAAUAUUCUGCGCAACGCUGGCGACUGGAAUGGCCACCGAGGGAAGAGACACGUCGACACUGCAUGACUACCUAACCCCAGUGCGCUCUGGCUUCUUUUCUGCUGAAGCUGGAGAUCUCUUGCAAAAGAGCAUGAAUCUUCUUAAUGAGUGACUGCCCUCUGAUUAAAUCUAA